CACCUCCGAGGCGGCCACGCCCAAGAAGACAGCCAACACCAGGAACUCCGCCAGCAUGAAUGCCUCCUCCACCAAGGCCCAGGAGAUCUCCAGUAAGACAAAGGCGGCGCCGCGUUCAUCAGCCUCUUUGUCUGGAAGGAGCUCAUCAUCCUCUUCCUGUCCUUCUGAGUCACCUCUAAAGCCUCCCAGGAGGCCAUCCAGCCCCCCUUGAAAACGGGUAGUUAUCUCCUUCGCCAAGUCCUCCAUGGCAUCACCUCCAGCAACCGCACCGCCGGAAACUCAUUCCCCUACUCCCCAGCAGUCAAACCGUACAAGAAAAAGUCGUGUUUCUGUCUCCAGGGAGAACUUCAGUAACGUGACAAAACAUAAAGGUCCUAAGAAAAGAGAGUCUCCUUCACCAACUCCGAGGCCUCGGAAAGUAGCGUUAUCUGAAUCCGAAGGUGAAGGCGGCGAAUGGUUGGGGCAGAUUCUGGGCGAAGACGCCAGGACGGAAGCCGAAGCCGAAAACGGCAGUGUUCAUCUUACUCUGGCUCCUCGUCCUCUUCAUAAAGCGAGUGACCCAGGUGUCCCGUGUGAAGAACCGUGAGAUAGGCAGCUGCCUCCGCCAUGGCCCUUCCGGGAGCGUCUAUCCCGCUCCCGGGGUGGGAGUGAAGUCGCUGCCCACCAUCCACCGGAAGGCGGCGCUGUCCUCCUCCUGAACCGCCUCCCUUCCCGCCGCCUCCGAGGAGUCCUCCUCCUUCCUGUGGGGACUCACCUUCUCCCAGAAGAUAUUCUCCUUCUCCGCCUCCAAAGAGAACGGCUUCUCCGUUUCCUUCCCCUAAACAAAGGUCAUCACCGCCUCCACCACCAAAGUGUCAUGUCUCCCAUUUUCCACCUCCCAAAACUCCCCAGUAGCCAAGAGAUGUUGGCGUUUGUCAUCGAAGCAUAGAAAAGGGUCUCCCCGAGUCCCUGUACCCCAGAGGCCUGAUCGCCACCACCAAGCAAAUGGCCUUCUCCCUCUCUACGGUCUCGAGCUCCUCAGACCUCAAGUCCUCCACUUCUUUGGGAAGUGAUGAUCACCCCCAAAAAAGUCAGAACUCAUCUGCAAACAAUAGGCCCAUUAGGAAAGUCUCCGGGUCUCCAGGUCUCUGGAACCUACAAAAAAAAAAAGAAGAAAGAAAGAAAAAAGUAGAAGAUAAAAAGACUGCAACGCCACGCCUGUAAAUCUAUCUCUGGUUCUCCUGAGCCAGCAGUUAAAAAGUCCCCAGCACCUCCAUCCCCUGUCCAGUCUCAGUCACCCUCCACAAACUGGUUAUCUGCUGUACUGGUCAAAACUCUAAAAACUCCCAACACCAAGCUCAUCGCCGGCAAGGAAUUUGUAUCAAGAGGGAGAAAAAAAAAAAAAAAAA